AUUAUCCGCUCACUUUUUAACGCUUCCACUCACAACACUACAGGCGUCCUUUUCUUUUCUUUAUUCCCCCUUUACUGCCAAGCCAUCCCUGCGUCGGUGUACUUCGGCUGGAGAAGAAAAAGACCAGAGCAGGUAACGGGACUACAAUGAACAUCCAGUCUGCCAUCAACAAAGAGCUCUUCAUCCCUCGUGAUGAGCGGAUGCUGGUGGCAGUGGAGGUGCGGAGGAGGAAGAGGAAGAGGGUGCCCUUCCUGCCCACUGGAGGCACUGGGGAUUAUGCAACAUUCAUAUGCCUGUCAGUGACCAACACCAGGCCGCCUCAGCUCGUCAUCACCAAGGUGAAGCGGUUCAGGGGCUCGCCCGCCUUCAUCAGGCGCUCCCAGUGGACGGUGGAGCAGCUUCGGCAGGUCAACGGCAUCAACCCCAAUAAGGACAGCCCAGAGUUCGACCUCGUGUUCGACAAUGCUGUGGACCAGUGGGUGGCCAGUUCAGCACCCGAGAAGUGCAUCUUUAUCCAAAUCCUGUACCACGCCUGCCAGACCUACUGGGCAGGCAAGGCCGGGAGCCUGGGCAAGACUGGCAAACUGGGCAAGCAGAGGAGUCUGAGCCUCGACGCCCAUGAGGCCAAAGCCGGCUCGAGCGAAGCCCCGGGCCCGGCCCCCCGGUCGAGGAGCCUGCAGGAACGACGGAAGAGCUACGCCCCUCCCAGACAGACCGAAUUCAUCAACUGUCAGUCCAAACUCACAGGAGAGGCCUGCACCAUGAAUUUGGUCAUCUACAGAUGCAAAGCGUUCUUCAAUCGUAUGAAGAACAUGAUGGUUGCAAACCAAGGCCGUCCCCAGGGUCGAGGUCAGUCUGGGCAGCGCCACACAGGGAGCACUAUGGGUAAUGUAGUCCACAGGGUGAACAUGGCCCUGGGGGAGCGCGGGGACAGGCUGACCCGCGCUGAAGACAAGACCGUGGAGCUGAUGCACAGAGCCCAGCAGUUUGCAGACACCGCUCACAAGGUGACCGCCUCUGUGAUUUACCCAGCAAGUCUGGUGUGAUCCAGUCCCACUUGGCGCUUAACCAGUCACAUGACUUUAUUCUAAUAUGGAGUUUGCUCUUUACUGGCAUGCUUACUUUGAUUUGCGCCAUUUUACAGUGUAGUCAAGUGCAUUUCACAUCAACCAGUGAGUGCAAAAAUGUUUUUUUUUUAUUUAUUUUUUUAUUUAUUUAUUUUUUUACUCUAUUAAAUAGUUGUCCUUGUACUAUUCCCUUUUUAAUGGGUAAUUCACUAAUUGCCAAGUUGAGCUCCAAAGCAGCUGAUUACAGAUUACAGUUUUGCAAGUCAGGCACAGGCGUGGAAGUGACCUGGUUUGACUCGGACACAUGUCACUACUUUGAUGACUUUAGAUGGGCCUAAAAAAAAAAUCAAGAAGGGCUUGCAACUUGACUUUGACUUGAACAGUGACUCAUGACUUCACUUGGAC